GAUGCUCCGGGGCAGCGGCGGCCGCGGCGCCGCGCGGGGCCAUGGCGGCCCCGGACAGCUGCGUGAAGGUGGCCGUGAGGAUCCGCCCGCAGCUCCCCAAGGAGAAGAUAGAGGGAUGUCACAUCUGUACCUCAGUGACACCUGGCGAGCCCCAGGUGCUGCUGGGGAAGGACAAGGCCUUCACCUACGACUUUGUCUUUGACCUGGACACAUGGCAGGAGCGGAUCUACACAACAUGCAUGGGGAAGCUCAUUGAGGGCUGCUUCGAGGGCUACAAUGCCACCGUGCUGGCCUACGGGCAGACUGGAGCAGGGAAGACCUACACCAUGGGCACCGGCUUCGACAUGAGCAUCUCAGAGGAGGAGCAGGGCAUCAUCCCGCGGGCCAUCAGCCACCUCUUCAGCGGCAUCGAGGAGCGCAAGCGAGCAGCCCAGAGCCAGGGCGUGGCAGCCCCCGAGUUCAAAGUCAGCGCCCAGUUCCUGGAGCUCUACAACGAGGAGAUCCUGGACCUGUUCGACAGCACCCGCGACCCCGACGCUCGCCACCGCAAAUCCAACAUCAAAAUCCACGAGGACGCCAGCGGGAGCAUCUACACCACGGGGGUCACGUCACGCCUCAUCAGCUCCCAGGAUGAGCUGAUCCAGUGCCUAAAGCAAGGAGCUCUUUCCCGCACCACUGCCAGCACCCAGAUGAACGUGCAGAGCUCCCGGUCCCACGCCAUCUUCACCAUUCACCUGUGCCAGACAAGAGUGUGUGCCCGCCGAGAGCUGGUGAAUGAGGAGGUGAGCAGCCUUCUGGAUGGAUCCCAACCCGCCGCUGAGUACGAGACCUUGACAGCCAAGUUUCACUUUGUGGACCUGGCUGGCUCGGAGCGGCUGAAGCGGACGGGUGCCACUGGCGAGAGAGCGAAGGAGGGGAUCUCCAUCAACUGUGGGCUGCUGGCCUUGGGGAAUGUCAUCAGUGCCCUUGGAGACCAGAGCAAGAAAGUCGUGCACGUGCCCUACCGUGACUCCAAGCUCACCCGUCUGCUGCAGGAUUCCCUCGGGGGCAACAGCCAAACCAUCAUGAUUGCCUGUGUGAGCCCCUCGGACCGGGACUUCAUGGAGACCCUGAACACGCUCAAGUACGCCAACAGGGCUCGCAACAUCAAGAACAAGGUGGUGGUGAACCAGGACAAGACGAGCCAGCAGAUCAGCGCGCUGCGGGCCGAGAUCGCCCGCCUGCAGAUGGAGCUGAUGGAGUACAAGGCAGGCAAGCGGGUGAUGGGGGAGGAUGGCACGGAGGGCUACAGCGACCUGUUCCGUGAGAACGCCAUGCUGCAGAAGGAGAACAGCGCCCUGCGCAUGAGGGUCAAGGCCAUGCAGGAGGCCAUCGACGCCAUCAACAGCAGGGUCACCUACCUCAUGAGCCAGGAGGCCAACCUGAUGCUGGCCAAAGCAGGUGACGGUAACGAAGCCAUUGGCACCCUCAUCCAGAACUACAUCCGGGAGAUCGAGGAGCUGAGGACAAAGCUGCUGGAGAGUGAGUCCAUGAACGAGUCCCUGCGGCGCAGCCUCUCGCGUGCCUCCGCCCGGCCCCCCUACGCCCUGGGCGCCUCCCCGGGCACGGGGCUGGCCGGGCUCUGCAGCCCCGCGGCCCCGCUGGACACGGAGGCCUCUGACGUCCUCCGGCGGGCCAAGCAGGACCUGGAACGCCUCAAGAAGAAGGAGCGGCGGCAGCAGAGGAAGAGCCCGGAGAAGGAGGCGUUUAAGAAGCGGCAGAAACUGCAGCAGGAUAAUGGGGAGGAGACGGAUGAGAAUGAGGUGGAAGAGGAGGAGGAAGAACAGGAUGAGAGUGGCUGUGAGGAAGAGGAUGGGCGUGAGGAUGAAGAUGAGGACUCGGGCAGUGAAGAGAGCCUGGUGGACUCGGACUCGGAUGCAGAGGAGAAGGCCGUGAAUUUCCAGGCUGACCUGGCGGACCUGACCUGUGAGAUUGAGAUCAAGCAGAAGCUGAUUGAUGAGCUGGAGAACAGCCAGCGGCGUUUGCAGACCCUCAAGCACCAGUAUGAGGAGAAGCUGAUCCUACUGCAGAACAAGAUUCGGGACACACAGCUGGAGCGGGACCGGGUCCUGCAAAACCUCAGCACCAUGGAGUGCUACACGGAGGAGAAAGCCAACAAGAUCAAAGCAGACUACGAGAAGCGGCUGAAGGAGAUGAACCGGGACCUGCAGAAGCUGCAGGCAGCCCAGAAGGAGCACGCUCGCCUGCUCAAGAACCAGUCCCGCUACGAGCGGGAGCUGCGCAAGCUGCAGGCAGAAGUGGCCGAGAUGAAGAAGGCAAAGGUGGCGCUGAUGAAGCAGAUGCGGGAGGAGCAGCAGCGGAGGCGGCUGGCGGAGACCAAGCGGAACCGCGAGAUCGCACAGCUCAAAAAGGAGCAGCGCCGGCAGGAGUUCCAGAUCAGGGCUCUGGAAUCUCAGAAGCGACAGCAGGAGAUAGUGCUGCGGAGGAAAACCCAGGAGGUGUCGGCCCUGCGGCGCCUGGCCAAGCCCAUGUCGGAGCGGGUGGCAGGCAGGGUGGGCCAGAAGCCGGCCAUGCUGGACUCGGGCGCCGAGGUCUCGGCCAGCACCACCUCCUCCGAGCCCGAGUCCGGCGCCCGCUCCGUCUCCAGCAUUGUGCGCCAGUGGAACAGGAAGAUCAACAACUUCCUGGGAGACCCCUCGUCCUCCAUCAAUGGGGCUCGGCCCCCCAGGAAGAAGUUCCCUAAGAAGGGAUCGAGCCAGACCUUCAGCAAAGCUGCCCGCCUCAAGUGGCAGUCACUGGAGCGGCGCAUCUUUGACAUUGUCAUGCAGAGGAUGACCAUUGUCAACCUGGAGGCAGACAUGGAGAGGCUCAUCAAGAAACGUGAGGAGCUGUCACUGCUGCAGGAGGCAUUGCUGGGCAAGCGGGCAAAGCUGCAGGCAGAGAGCCCCAUGGAGCAGAAGGGUCUGCAAGAGCUGAACGAGGAGAUCGAGGUGCUGGCGGCCAACAUUGACUACAUCAACGACAGCAUUUCAGACUGCCAGGCCACCAUCAUGCAGAUUGAGGAGACCAAGGAGGAGCUGGACUCCACAGACACCUCAGUGGUGAUCAGCUCCUGCUCCCUGGCCGAAGCCCGGCUGCUGCUGGACAACUUCCUGAAAGCCUCCAUCGACAAGGGGCUGCAGGUGGCCCAGAAGGAGGCGCAGAUCCGGCUGCUGGAGGGGCGCCUGCGGCAGACGGACGUGGCCAGCUCCUCGCAGAACCACGCCCUGCUGGACGCCCUGAGGGAGAAGGCUGAGUCCCACCCGGAGCUGCAGGCACUGAUCCACAAUGUCCAGCAAGAGAACGGCUACACCAGCACGGAUGAGGAAGUUUCAGAGUUCAGCCUGGCCUCAGAUGGGAGCAUCUCCCAGUCUUUCACCAUGAAGGGCUCAGCAAGCCAGGAUGACUUCAAGUUCAAGGGAGAGCCCAAGCUGUCGGGGCAGAUGAAGGCAGUGUCAGCUGAGUGCCUGGGACCCACGCUGGACAUCUCCACCAAGAACAUCACCAAGUCCUUGGCAUCUCUGAUGGAGAUCAAAGAGGACAGGAUUGGCUUCUCCAUCCGAGACCCCUAUUACAAGGAGAAGGUGUCCCGCACCAUCAGCCUGCCCACGCGGGGAAGCACCUUUCCCAGGCAGUCCCGGGGCUCGGACACUUCGCCUCUGACAAGGAGGAAAUCCUAUGACCGUGGGCAGCCUGCCAGGCCUGCAGACAUCGGCUUCACACCACCCUCAUCCCCACCCACCCGGCCCCGCAACGACCGCAACGUCUUCUCCCGUCUCACGAGCACCCAGAGCCAGGGCUCUGCCUUGGACAAGUCUGAUGACAGCGAUUCCUCUGUCUCGGAGGUGCUGAGGGGCAUCAUUAACCCCGUGGGUGGCACCAAGAACGCCCGGACAGCCCCUCUGCAGUGUGUCUCGGUGGCAGAGGGACACACCAAGCCUGUGCUCUGCCUGGAUGCCACCGAUGAGCUGCUCUUCACUGGCUCCAAAGACCGGAGCUGCAAAAUGUGGAACCUGGUGACAGGCCAGGAGAUCGCUUCUCUCAAGGGCCACCCAAACAACGUGGUUUCCAUUAAGUACUGCAGCCACACGGGGCUGGUGUUCACCGUGUCCACGUCGUACAUCAAGGUGUGGGACAUCCGUGACUCGGCCCGCUGCGUCCGCACCCUCACGUCCUCUGGGCAGGUGAUCUCUGGGGAUGCGUGUGCCAGCACCACCACCCGCACCGUCACCAGCGUGCAGGGCGAGCACCAGAUCAACCAGAUCGCGCUCAACCCCUCGGGCACCGCGCUCUACGCGGCCGCCGGCAACACCGUGCGCGUCUGGGAGCUCAGCAGGCUGCAGCCCGUGGGGAAGCUGAGUGGCCACAUCGGGCCUGUGAUGUGUCUCACAGUGAACCAGACGGCGAGCAACCACGACCUGGUGGUCACAGGCUCCAAGGAUCACUACGUCAAGGUGUUUGAGAUCACGGAGGGCAUGGCGGGCAAUAUUGGCCCCACUCACAACUUCGAGCCCCCUCACUACGACGGCAUCGAGUGCCUGGCCAUCCAGGGAGAUGUCCUCUUCAGCGGCUCCAGGGACAACGGCAUAAAGAAGUGGGAUCUGGAGCAGCAGGAACUUAUCCAGCAAAUCCCCAAUGCCCACAAGGACUGGGUCUGUGCCCUGGCCUUCAUCCCCGGCCGCCCCAUGGUGCUGAGCGCCUGCCGCGGCGGCGUCAUCAAGGUGUGGAACGUGGACACCUUCACCCCAGUCGGGGAGAUCAAGGGCCACGACAGCCCCAUCAACGCCAUCUGCACCAACUCCAAGCACAUCUUCACUGCCUCCAGCGACUUGACAGUGAAGCUCUGGAGUGGGAGGAGGUUGCCUGCGGGGUCAAACUAGGAACUGCAGAAAGACUGGAAGGCGUGGGGGCAGGGUGAAGGGCAGGGUGCCUCCCCCUGCUAUCAGGACUCAGUCACCUACAGGAGCUCAGCCCAGGACAGGGAUUUCUUUGUGCCUGACCCAACGGGGUGGACAAUGCUGCAUUUGGUGCUUUGAGCACUGUCAGCUCCUGUGAGGAAGCAGCUCUGUGGGGCACCAGCAGCUCCACCUGCCCUCCUGCUGAGGCUUCUCCAUGGUUCUCCAGUGAGCAGGAAAUGUUUCAUCCCUCCUUUCGCCCAUCCUGCUGUAAGGACUUCUGGGGGUCAGGGAUCCCUGGCUCCUCCUGAGCCCCCCAGUUCCCUCCUGCCACUGUGGGCCCUGCCGUGCUGUGCUGCUCCCGGGCUGGUUCCUGCAGGAGUCGUUCUCCACUCCACGAGGACAUUCGGUGUCUGCUGGCCAGGACCACAACACAGAGCCUGCUUCUCUGGAGCCAUUACUUGUGCUACACCUCUGCUGUGGGGACUACAGAAGGAUUUCCUGGUACUCCUGGCCUUCCCUAUCCUCUGUGGACCUGUCCCCAGUGGUCAGAGGGGUGCACCUCCAAGCUCCUUUGCCAUGUCCCAUCUUGUGAGGCACGGCAAGCCUGGGAAGAUCUCCACUGGGCAACUUCCAGACAGACCUGCUGCCGUUCCCUUUGGCAUUCUCCAAACCCCAGUUUGUAAACUCAGCUGCUCCGUGGCUCUUCCCCACAUGCCCAGCCUGCUCUGCAGUGGGAAGGGCUGCUCAGCCCUGCUCUGGACAUCGUGACCUCCAUCAAGGGUUUGUGGUGGGUUCCUGCAGCGAGUGAACCCCCUUGAGACGGAUAAAUGAAGCAAGAAUGGAGGUUACAGGGCAAAAAAGCCAAGGCUGUGUUUGUCACCCCACUGCUGUGGCUCUGUCUGUCCUUCCCUUAGGUUCUGCCCUCAGCCUGGACUGCAGCUUGCCUGGGCGUGCUGGCUCGAGGAUCCAGGGAUGGAGAGGAGCCAGCAGGGCACGGAGCAGCCCGAGUGCACUGCGGCAGGAGCAGGGGGAGGGGGUUGCACACACGGAUCUCGCACAAGUGCCCCGAUUCCCCCUGUGCUCCAAGGACAAUCCUGCAGUGGAUCAUCUUGCACAAUCUCAUCUCCUUGAGAGUGUGGGGGCUCUACCCAGGAGUGUUUCCCCAAGGAUGCACAUUCUGCAGGCUCUUUCUUCUGUGUCUCCUGUUCAAGGGGGGCUGGUAAAGGCCCUGGUCUCACACUGGAGCUUCCCUCCAUCUCUCCUAUGGCCCAUUGGACCAUCCUGCUCUGCCCUGCCCUAGGCUCUUGUGGGAUGGCCAAGGAGACCCCAGGAUGAGUCUUCUUGCCUCACACGCUCUCCUUUCCCCUUUGUCACAGAAGAAGCAGCACUUGAACUCAAAUUUAAGGAUUUCUCCAUGUGAUCCCACCAGCACUGAACUGGGAUCUUGGAGAUCAGGGGCUCCAGGACCUGCCCCAUGAAGCACAGACCAUUUCCCCUCUGCUCUCUCCAACCACGGUGAUACCUGGACCAGCCCUGGUUCUCAGUGUUCUGGCUGGAGUGAGGGGAUUCCUCUGCAUCAUGAAAGACAGGAGUAUCUCUAUUGAUUUGGUGAGGGAGGGGGGGUUGCCUUUUUUGGGAAAAUUCCAUCCUGCUGGCUUGCCUUGUUAGAGGGUAAAUGGUACGUGUGUGUGUGUGUGUGUGUGUGUGUGUGUGUGUAACCCUGCCCAGGACAGUCCCUGGGCCCUGUGAAUGUGGCUGAGCCCUGCACAGGCAGGACUGAUGGAGAGGUGCCCAUCCAUCCUGUGUGACCUGUGGAACUGAGGGUGCAGCCAAAAAUGCACAGAGACCUCAGCACCCAGUAGCACACAGACAUGCGGGGCUGGAGGAGGUGUCUGCCCCCCAGGCCUAUCUUGGAGAGGGUUUCUGCACUCAUUCCUCAGCUGGUUUAUCCUUUGCUUGCCUGGAGGGGCUGUGUGUGUGGAGGGUGUCUCUGGUAGAGUGUUGGGCUGUGGCCUGGUGUCAUGUGUGAAUCUGUGUCUGCUCUGAGAUCUGCAGUGCCUGCCCUGGAGCCUUCACUGCUCCCUGCUGCUAUGGAGGAAGGGGGCUCUGGGGCACCUAGGGUCAGACCUGCCUUGCCUUUUGCCACCAAAACCUUCCUGUGUGCAGGCUACAAGUGCCUGCUUGGUGUUCCAGGGCUGGGUUUAGUAUUUCAGGACUGGCUGACCAGUCCUGGAUGAUGCUGAACCUCUCUUGCUGCUGUGUCCAGCAGCGUGUUGAGGGGCUUCCAGGCUCUCACAGUCCCUGGAAGGAGGGAGCUGAUGCUGGGGCUUUGGUGUCCUGAGCAGAGGAGGUUGAAGUGAGUGCUGUCCUGAUUUAGGAACAGGAUUCUCCAAUUUAGCUCUCACGAAAACCUUGCACUACUCACACCCCCAGCCCCAGCAGGGUGGAGAGGGGAAUUGGAGGCACAAAAAUGAAGAUCUUGGGUUGAGAUAAGAGCAAUUUACUGGAAACAGCAGUGAGAUAAAAAACAAACAGAAAAACAGGAACAAUAUUAAUAACAAAAGUACACAAAAGCGAGAAUGAUUCAUAUGCAGAAUGCUCACCCUGGAGCCCAUGACCUGACCACAGCCGUGUUUUACUGACCAGAGCAGACCUCUGCAGAAGAGAAGAAAUGGAUUCUGCCCCUGUGUAUGUCAGUGGUGUCAGGGUACAUUGUGUGUAAAGCCUUAUACUCCUGUGGCUCUGCUGUGCCAGCCUUGCAUCCACACAGUCCAGCAGGGCCCAUUGCUGCUCUCCCCAGCUGGCUGGAGGCAGGGCCCCUGUAGUUCUUGUCAUGGUACUCCCUGCUCCCUCCUUGCAGAUGUGAGCUGAAGGGGCAUUCAGGAGGAUCAGAAGUGACACAUUUUAGUCCUUCUAUACUGUCUGAGCACGUGUCUGCUGGAAACUUGAGUGGCAUUUAUCCUUGAAGAACCUCCUGCAGUUGUUGUUUUUCCUCUCAAUGCACACCCAUGCUGCCAGGGCAGAGGUGGGUUUUCCAUCCCACUUCCUCUUGUCCUCUCUGUGGUCAUGCAGGUAAAACCAUAGGUUGCCUUGUGGUGUGUCCCCUCUCUCUCGAGGGGGCAGCUGCUCCCUGGGCUGUGCUGGUGUGACAUGGGACAUUUCCAGAGUCCAUGGGCUGGGCCACAGUCUUAGACAGUCUUUUUACACAGUGGAGACACAGGUUGGUAAGAAGGAAAAAAGAUGAUCAUCAUCAGAGCUGGGGAGCCACCUUUAACUCUGUUCUCCUUCUGUUGGCAUCAGUGCCAAGGAGCCUGUACAGCCUUCUGCCAGGUGGAUUGUGCACUGGACCCCAUCUGCAUCUGCAGGGGACUGCUGGUUUUUUGAGUCCUCUAACACAGCAAAUUCCCUCAGGUGCUGACUACUUUCUCCACAAUGUUCCACCUGCUCGGGAGCACUACUCCAUCAUCCUUGAGGGAAUACCUUUCCCUUGACAGGAAUUGCCUCCAGAGGCUGAGUGCUUCUGUCCUCCUCCCAGUCCCUUUGUCAGUGCCCGCAUCCCAGGACAGGGAUCCCACCUGCUUGGCUUCACUUCCAUCCAGUUCCACAGCCUGGGCUGUGAUACCCCAGCACGGGAGCAGCUGGGUCACCAGGGGCUCAACCCGACUGGCAGCUGAAAUCUCUUCACAUCUCAGCUCACCUGGGGAUAGGGAUUGGGUGAACUUCUCCAGCCCUGCCUCUUCCUCCUGUUGUGAGGGCCCUGCUUCCUCUUUAUCCCUCCCUGUGCAAACUGAUUUGGUCUUGGAUUUCCUCUUCUGUGCAGGUACUGCUGCCAGCAUGGGUUGUUCCCAUGGUUCAGCUGCAGUUUGAGUGGCCACGGUGCCUGUUGCUCUGCUUUCCCUCUCCUCCCCCUGAGGCUGCUGUCUAGUGAAAAGCAGUGUCUGAUAAAUGCUAACCAGGACCCAGCACACUGCAAUGGGUCUCUCCUCACUGGAACUGCCACAGCAUUCUCCUUGCAAAUGCUCUGUCACUUCUACAGCAUCUUGUGCUUGUUCAGGGGGACACUUCCAAACCAUUGGAGGAGAGAAUUUCUUCCAAAAGUGGCCCAUUUGCUCCCAUGUUCCAUGCCAGUCAUGACUAUUCCCCAUCAGGGUAGAUCUCUGAAUAACCUCCCUAGAACUCCUUUUGUUGACUCCAAAGAUUAUAUAGACUGUUCUAAAGGCACCUGGCAAAAAUAUGAUUUCUUUAACAUCCAAAGGGAAUUCAGAACUUUAAAAGCUGUUUUAACAGGCCUCAAGGGGGAAAAGACUGGGGAAAAUCAUCCUCCCUGUUCCCCCCAUGGGUUGGUCAUGCUGGUUAUUAAUGGAGUCCCAAAGGUAGUGCCCAAGGUACAAGAGGCAUGCUCACGACAUGUCCCAAAUGACCCUCACUGCCCUUGAUGUUAUCAUGUCAUAAAGUGAUAUCCCACAGUACAUCAAGAGAGCAAUGCUGACCCCUCUCCCUGCCCUGAGAAAGAGCACUGUGAUGGGAACAUACAGAAAUAUGUACAGGGUUAAGUACCCACAUGAGCACACCAAGCAACAUUUUGAGCAGUGGCUCAGUACCUAAUACAGAAAAUGUUUAGAUCAAAUUUGUUUCCAACCCACUCUGGGCAGAUUUGUUAAUCUCAACCAUUCAAGCCCUGCCUUGGAUGCAAAAAAAAAAAAAAAAAAAAAGCUGUAGUGGUUUAAGAAUGGUAUUACCCAAUUUAAUGUUCCCACAACUGUGCACUGCCACAGCCCCCAUCUCCUUCCUUCCCCAUGGUGCAACAGAGAGGAGGAUUGAAGGCAGAAAAGGUAAAAAAAAAAAAAAUCAGAGGUUGAGACAGGAGCAAUUGACUGGAAACAACAAUGAGAUAAGAAAAAUUAACAGCAACAAUAUUAACAACAAAAGUGUGGAAAAGAGAGCAAAUCCCAUGCAAGAUGCUCACUGCAGUGCACCCUACCCUGAUGGGAAGAGAUCCCUUCCCCUGCCCCAGCAGUGAUGUGAGGUGGUACAGAAGAACCUCUGGGUUCUGGCCACAUCCCCUCCUGGCUGGAACCAGGACAGGGGUGACUGUGAUCCCACAGCUCUGUGUGUGUGUGUGUGUGUGUAGGUCUUAGAGCCUGUGUGGGUUGAUGUUUCUCAUCAAAAGAGCAUUUCUUGGGUGUUGAUCUGGUUUAGCUACCUCACGGUGCAAGCUGGGUGCUGUCGUCAUUGGGUUUCGUAUUGGGGAUGGGGUGGGGAGUUUGUGGUGUAAGACUUUUGAUUUUUUUUUCUCUUAAUUAUUGUUAUUGUUAUGGUUUUGACACUUGAAUUCAUGCUGGGGACAGGUGGCCUCACUCCCACCUUGCUGCACAUCUGAGCCAGCCCCUGCGUUCCCCUUCCUGUCUCCUCCUGGGCAGGGCAGCAGGGCUGCAGUCCCCUGCACUGCCAGCUCCCACCUUUGCAGUGGGAUCCCCCAGCACAGCUGCAGCACCGAGGUUUUGCUCCCAUUUCCAGUGGGAUUCCUGGUCUGAGGAGCUGUGGUGUUGGCGUUGGUUAUUCAGUUGACUGGCAGCCUGGAUGUGGCUCCCAUGGAAGGGUGGAAAGGGACCUCUGAAAGGCCCAGCUCAGCCCACAUUUCCUCCUCUGCUCUCACAGAUAUUCUCUGUGGAUGCAAUGAAGUUUUCGACUGGGAAAUGUCUGUGCAAAGCACACUGCUGGGAUGGGCUGGUUCCAGCCCCCGCUGUCCAGAGCCUGCACAGCUGCAGGGCAGCAGGGACUUGGUGCUGUCAAAGCCUCUGCUGCAGCUGGGGAUGCUCUGUGAGAAGCUGAUUCUGGUGUGUGGCGUUGGAUUUUUCACUCCCCAAACCUGUAGUGUCUGGAUUCAGUCCAAAGCACUGAACACAAGCAAGGUUGGCCCUGGAGUCCCCAGCUUUGCCUGCUCGGGGCUGGGAGCUGCCCUGGCACGGGGAGCCUGGGGAGCCCCGAGCCACACGGUCAGUUUGGGGUGCAGGUCCUCCCAAACAGUAAAGCACAAGGUCCCACCUGCAGGUGGGUCUAGGAGGGGUGGCCCCUUGGACUCUGCCCUUCAGAGCUCGGAUGGAGCAGGGGCUGGGGCAGCCGAGGAGGAGGAGGCGCACUGGGGCGGGGACUGUGCCUGCCAGUGGCUGUGGGUGAGCUGUUCCACCCCUGUGCACUGUGCUGGCUGCUCCCUGGAGCUCAGGGGCCUGGCUGCACAACUGAAGUUCCCUCUGGUGGUCUCAGAGCCCCUCUGAGAGCCCCUCCAGGCAGGGACAGUUUGGAGCUGCCUUUGUACCACGCACCUCAUUUUUCUUCGCCCUUGGGCACCUUGAUUUGUGACAAGGGUGGGUGUGAUCAUGCCUGCAGUCCUUCCUCAAGCUGCUGGGUUAUGCUUUUUUCCCCAGAGCCUAGCCCUUGCUCUGGGGGUCUCCUCAGCCCCAGCACACAGGGGCCAGCUCCAGCCUCCAGCAGAGGGUGCAGGGCUGCCCCGGAGCUGAGCUUUGCACAACAGGACAAGAGUCAGGAGCCUAAAAGCACUGGAUCCCCAAACCACUGUGAGCCCCCCUGAGCAGUGUCCCCUCCCUGUCACCUGCAGCUCUGAUGACACAGGAUGGGCUGGCCAGCAGCGAGGAGUGGGAGCUCUGGGGUCCCAUCCUGUCCCCCCCAGCUGUGUUCCUCCCCACCACCUCUGAGCACUGCUGCUUUGGGGUCUCAGUUGCUGCCUCCUGCCUUGGUGCUGCAAAACCAGUGCCUGCUUCCCACGGUGCUCUCCCAGUGCCCCACACCAGUCCUUCCCCUGCCCCACACUGAAGGAGUCCAGGUACGAUCCCUGCCAAGCACAGGGUUCCAGCCUGCUUCCCACAGGCUCUCUGGAGCUUCACUGUCCUGCAGGCUGCUUGUCCUGAGCCCCCCUCACCCUUCUGGGAAGGGACGAGGACCCCCAGCCCCUCCAGGUGCUGCAUGGUGCUCCAGCUGUGACUGGAACAGCGGCCAGCACAGACCCAGCUCCCAGAAAAGUACAGCCCUGCACCUUCCUCCUGCCCCAGGGCUGGUCCCCUCAUCCAUCACAGCCCUGCCCUGGUUCCUGCCAAUUGCUCCUCCCGGCCUGGGACCCCCAGGUCCAGCCCCACCGCAGGCUGGGGCAGCUGCAGCACUGUGUCACCUGCUCCAUCACUCCUCUCCGCACAAGGAGCACAACAGCAGAUGCCUUUUCACACUCGGAGCUUUUCUCAGAGGCCAGCUGCUCUGCAGGCUGGUGUUGUCUCCGUGGGGGUUGUGCAGCCUGGCCCCGGCCCGGCUCUGUCAGAGCACGAGGUGUGUGCGCGUGUUUUAUACCUUGGUGUGUUCCUGUAAAUAGUGUAAUAAGUUAUUGUGGUCUCCUGCUGUACGUUUUUCAAUGGCUGUGUUUGUUUCUUGCCUUUUUUGUCUUUGCAAAUAAAAUGUUCUUGACAUGAA